AUGAUCCAUAGGAAUGUUAGCCUGUUAGGGCUUAAGCUGGCAGCAAAUGCAUUUAAAGCUCUCGUCAAUCCACAUAGGUGAUUCAAUUUAGGCAGCAAACCUCGAUUGUCAAUCGUAGGUAGGUCAUCCAAACACUAAAGGUAAACCGUUUAAUUUUCCUGUAGGGUUUGUUAUUAUAAAUAUAUUUUUUUCUUACCCGGUUGGAUUCAUAUUUAGCAACAAAUUUUGGAAUUAUUUUUGCUUCUAUAUAAAAAAUAAUAUUUAUAUUCAUAAACUAGGUAGUAAUUAUUUAUUAUAAAGUUUAAAAUCGUUUUAAAAAAAACCAUUGAUGAGUCAAGACCACCAAAAUUUGUUGCAUAUUAGGGGAUCUAAGGAAUUAACAAAAUAAAAUCUUAAGUUAUUUAAAUAUUUUUAAUUUAAUAUUAUAAUAAUAUUUUUUUUUUUUUUUUUUUGUAUUAUAGGAAUAUGGAAGUUGUAAAGGACAAAAUAGUUCAUGACUUACCAAUGAUGGUAUUCACCAUGAGUUUUCUUGAAUUUAGUUUGGAGUUAUGGAUGAUGAUGGUUAAUCGUAGUUGUGAUGAAGUAAGCAUAACAGUUUGUAUGUAUUAUAAUUCAACCUUAAUAAUGAACAUUAGGAGUGCCAAUGUUUAAUAAAUAAAUAUUGGAAUAGUUUAUAUUCUUGUUUUGUUGAUAUUGUUAAAAUUUGCAAAAAUAAAUUCAGAAAUCACUGAAAUUAUUAUGCAUUUGUUGAAGUAUGAGAUUAUUAAUAUAAUAAUAGACUUUUAAUAAAAUUAUACAUACAUAUAUUUUAUACCUAAACCCAGAUACUCCUAUUAUUAAUAUUUUUGGAAGGACCUCAUUAGGAAUUCUAAUAUUGUGUGCGUACUAUUAAAUUUAAAAGACAAUUUGGUCCAAUGAACUUCAUUUAAUUUAAAAACAAAAAAGAGGUUAAUGAACAGUAAUAAUAACUAUUUAACAAAUACAUUUAAAAAAAAAUAAUAAUAAAAAUUGCAUAAAAUAAGACAAUUACUGAGCAAAAUGGUAUUUCUCUCAAUUAUAUUUACUUGGAAUUUGGUAUAUAAUUAUUAAAUACUAUCUUCAUUAUCAAUUUAAAGUAUUUGUUGAUAAACUGGAAUCUGUUUUUGUUCUUGAUAUAAUUAUUUUUGAGCCAAAUAAUUCAUACACAUCUAUCAAUAAUUUCAGUGUCUGGUAAUUCUUUUCCAGUACUUAUUUUAACCAAAAUUCAUUGUAUGUAGAGAUGCUUAGUUUAUAUUGCUUUUAUUACUAUCAUUACUUUUCAUUUUACACAUUAUUCAGACUAAAUAAUACAGAUAGUGUGACGUAUUUAAUAUUUGUAUUCACUUUUUGUUGUCCUAUAUAUGUAUGCCCUAUUUCAGUACCUUAACAACUUUAAGAACAUUCUUGUCAAAUUAUUUUUUUUUUCCUUGUUUACAUGUCAGAUAAAAUUAGUUUACCAUUAUGAUCGUUUUUACAAUGAAAAACUAUAUAACGUAAAUAGUACAUUAUAAUAUUAGUUGAUUUGAUAUAAAACCUAUUAAUAAAUUCAUUCUCUAUUGUAUAUUAGUCACUCUCAAUAACAAAACAAUAUUUUAUACGUCAUAAUACAAUUUGUAUGUUAUCUUGUUAUAAACUAUAAAAAUAAUAGUUAUGAAUGCCGAAAUUUCCACAUUAUAUUCUUUUAUCUACUUUUAUCAUUGUAUAAUUCUAUCAUCCUAUCAUCAUAUAAUUUGAUUAUUAUCAUUAAACAUUAAACACCAUAAUCACAGUAAUGUACUUAUAACAUUUGUUAUGGCAAGUAAAUAUAUAGGUAACCUUAAUACGUAAACAAAUUAAAUUUUUUUUUAAACCUUCUAUUAUGAAAACUAGCGAAAAAGAAAUCUCUUGGUCUCUUCAGAUUCAUUAUGGAGAGUAUUUACUAUAUUUUCUAAAUUUCGCAUUUUAAAUUUACUGUCAACUUAAUUAUAAAAUUACAUUUUAAAAAUGUGCGAAGGAUUUCUGCACUUAUAACAAGGAAUUGAAAAAUUGUUGUUUACCAUUUAUAAUCUAAGUUAGUAACUAAGUGUACAUAGUGUGAAUCUGAUGAUGCAUAAUAUGAGUCGAGAGACCAUUCAUUUUCAAACAAUGCCCAAAUAAGGGCGAGCCAAUAGUCUGUACGAAAACAGAACUAGUUUACAUAUUACAAAAUGGUCAAUUCACCUUUGAUAUAUGUCCAAUAACUGGUCUGGCUCCCUGCGAGGCUACUUUAUGCUGAAUUAUGUAUCAGAUUUAUGUUGUGUAAAUCUGGUUUUACAAUACAGUUUCUUUCUGUGAUUAAAUUGUGGAAAUAAAUUUAAUGUAUAAUCAGUUUUAAAAAUACAAUUUUAAUUUUCUUAUUAAAUUGACUUAUAUUUUUCGUAGAAGUUGUAAAACUAAUUUAAAAUAUUUAAUUUUACAGAGAUAUUAA